UAUAAGUACUACGCUUACUCUUUCAAUUUAGUAAUAAAAAUGUCUAAUCAGUUUAGAAAUUGAAGUUUUUUCUUAAUAACUGUUUGUUUGUUAGGGUCAUCAACAAUUUGAGCCAAUUUUAAGAAUAAUGUUGUUGUUCAAGAGGUUAAUUUUAUUUAAAAAUUGCUCAUAUACUUUUGGGCAGCUUAAAAAAAAACUAUAUCAUCAAUAACUAAUCAAAUAAGUUUACCAAAAUAAAAAAUUGAGUCGAGAAUGUGUUGCUCAAUUAGAAAAAAAUUUUAUGAUAUCCAUAGAGUGAAUUGGUCAAUAUCAAAAACUUAUGUAGAAGUGAUAACGCCUCCAUUACAAUUUUGAAAAAAAAACCUACUAAUAUAUUCAUCUCAUCAUGCAUAACAAAUUCCUACGAAGUACCAUCCUUGUUACUUUUUUAUUAUCAUUAGCCUGUGUAAGCUUAGUUUGCACAUCAUUAGUGACAGACCACUGGAUAGAAUCCAAGCCAUCUCGCAAACGUAAUCCUUCUGAGAGUUCAGGCCAUAUUAAUUUUGGUCUUUUACAUGGGAGAAAGGAGCUAGAUGUUUCUGUUGGGGUGCGGUUUCAUGAAAUACAAGUUUUAAAAUUAUUGAAUGAACAUCCGCAAAUAUUAUCCUGGGAUCUAUGGUGUGUCACUUUAAUCUCCAUCAUACUCAUGCUCUCAUGUUCGGUGUCAUCUGCAUUUUUAUCUCUUAUAAAUACUGUGAUUGUUCCUCAAUAUAAGCUAUUCGGAGUUUUUGGAAUUUUUACUUCCAAUAUUUUAGCGAUUGUCUUGUCUAUUAUCUGCUCAACAACGUGGUAUGCACAAUGCCAUCUGAAACUCUACCACAAUGUCUUAACAGAACAAGAUUUGGACAAUUUUUGGACAAGCGAAGGAGCGACGACUCUGGGUUACUCUUUUUGGUUGAUAAUCGUCGUCGGCGUUCUGCACGUGAUCAAUCUACUUUUACUCAAGUGGAGUACCCUUAAAGGUGGGCGUAAACGACAAGAAACGCUCAAUCCUCUAGAAGAAAAAAUGGUCGGAGCUAUAAUGCUAUACUGAAGUACUUACUUUUUUACAAUUGAUGUUUUUCAAUGUACUUUCGAGCAUGCAGUAUUUUUUUUUUCUUAAUUUGAAGAAAAUUUUCUUUUUUUUUCAUAUCGAUAAUUUUCUCGAAACGCGAUCCGUCCAGAAAAAAAGUGAGCUUAGUCGUAAGAAUUUAUUAAAAUGUAAAAUGCUUAUGAUUGCACGUUGCGUGACACAAGCAUGCCAUUUAAUUGUAUUUUAUACAAUAUUAUUCGCGAUUCCAUGUAAUGUAUAUGUAUGUACGUUUAAUCGAUAGAUCUCAAGUAUUGCAAUUAUGAAUAUUUUGUAAAAAGAAAUUUAAAAUUCAAAUCAUAUUUUUUAUUUUUAUCGCUUGUUUUAAGAUGCAAUGGUUCAAAAUUUAUGUAGCACACAAAUGUUUAGAUGUUUAUUAUUUUUUGUAAAAAAAAAAUUAUCAAAAUUUGUUUUAUAAUUUUAUAUAAAAAUAAGUCUGCCUUUUAAAGUCUGAAUCAACAAGAUACUUCCGUAAACUAGGGGAGCACAACUACUAGUAUAUAGCAUUAUGUAUAAAAAAUCACUCACUAUCAA